AUGGGCAGAAGUAAAUUAUCAUCUAGAAGAAAUGGUAAGGGUAAAAGGAAAAGAAGUCUAUUGUCAGACGAAGAUAGAUAUUAUGAAUCAUCUACAUCAUCUACUACAACUAUUUGUGUUAGAAAUAUGCCACCUUCAUUUUUUCGAGAUGAUGUGAAUAAUAUGUUUAAAAAAUAUGGGCAUUUGAGAAGUAAUCGCCUUCGUAGAGUUCGAAAAUAG